UUUUUUUAUUUUUUUUCGUUUUUCUUGUACCAUAAAAAAAUUGGGGAAUAAAUAUUUCCAGCUCUCCCGCAAAUGGUAACCCCCCUGAAUAACGGUCUCCGAUUUCAAUGCUGAGCCAACGGACAAAAGAAACGACAGCACUUCUUUCGAUUCUCCCCAGGCCAAAACCCUCUCUCUCUCUCUAUCUCUCUCUAUCUCUCUCUAGAAGGUCACCAUUUCCUCUCUGCGAAUCUCUCACUGUUUCUCUGCACAUAAAUCCUGACCGAAUCGGAAGACUUGUAGAAGAAAUUCUGUGACUACUUGAAUGAAGGAGUUUAGGAGAGAUUGAGCAGAGAGUAGUCUGUUCUUCAAAGUGACAGAGAAAAAAGGAGGGGAGCGGCGAAGAUUAUGUACGGGGAGGACAGCGACCUUUUCAACAAUGACCUCGUUUAUUCUACAUUCUCCUACCACAAGCUCCCCCAGCAGCUCCUCAAGCUCCGUAUUCUCAAACUGGAUGGCUCUUUCUUUGAUGUUCAUGUUUCAAGGGAUGCUACUAUUUCACAACUCAAACAAGCAGUAGAGGAAGUUUUUAGUUCGUCACCUGAAGAAGGUCAAGGCAGGAUCUCAUGGUCACAUGUGUGGGGGCACUUUUGCUUAUGUUAUGAAGAUCAGAAGCUAUUAAAUGACAAGGCGUGCAUAAGGAAUAUUGGGAUAAAGGAUGGUGAUCAGCUUCAAUUUAAACGGCAUAUGUCAAUUGACUAUGAACCAUUUAGAAAAGAAACUAAAAGCCAGAGAGAUGCUUGCAAACAAUACUCAGAGUUGUCAUCUGGGUCCAAUUCGGACAAAACAAGGGAACAAGCUCCUCCAGGGGACAACGGUAGUGAUGGUGAAGAUCAAGAGGACAACUUGAAGCAUCAUCACUAUGACAGUGAUGAUGAUGAAAUUCCCAUGCCAGCACUCAAACUGGCUCACUUCUUGAAGGGGAGGCUCAUAUAUUCGAGAUUGUGGAGUGACUCCAGAAAGAGUUCCAAUGGUCGGACUCGCCCAUCGAGAUUUGCGCUGCAUUGUUUAGGAGGUGGACCUGGGAUGAUUAGGCUUUGAAGUAUAGUAGGCAUAGAAAUGUAUAGGGGAAUGCAACUAGUGCUUUUAAACCCUAUCCAAGCUGGGUUCUGCCCUAAAAGGCUCACAUUUUGUUUCAACAUAUUAUUGUCAGAAUGUCUCAACACCACUUGCAGUUGUUCGCA